CAGCGGAGCCGGAAGCGCGGCGCUGUGGGCGGCGCCGCGGGCUCGGCGUCCGGACCUCGGCGGCUGCGGGGGACGGCGGUCGUCAUGACGGCUCAGGGCGGUCUGGUAGCCAACCGAGGCCGGCGAUUCAAGUGGGCCAUUGAGUUGAGCGGGCCCGGCGGAGGCAGCCGGGGCCGAAGUGACCGGGGCAGCGGCCAGGGAGACUCACUGUACCCAGUCGGUUACUUGGACAAGCAAGUGCCGGACACCAGCGUGCAGGAGACGGACCGGAUCCUGGUGGAGAAGCGCUGCUGGGACAUCGCCUUGGGUCCCCUCAAACAGAUUCCCAUGAAUCUCUUCAUCAUGUACAUGGCAGGCAACACUAUCUCCAUCUUCCCUACUAUGAUGGUAUGCAUGAUGGCUUGGCGGCCUAUCCAGGCACUCAUGGCCAUCUCAGCCACUUUCAAGAUGCUAGAGAGUUCAAGCCAGAAGUUUCUUCAGGGUUUGGUCUAUCUCAUUGGGAACCUGAUGGGUUUGGCACUGGCUGUUUACAAGUGCCAGUCCAUGGGGCUGUUACCUACACAUGCAUCAGAUUGGUUAGCCUUCAUCGAGCCUCCAGAGAGAAUGGAGUUCAGUGGUGGAGGACUCGUUUUGUGAAUGAAGCUCCUUGGACCUAAGUAAAUGGGCCUCAUUCACAUCCUUCUUUAAGCCCAGUGGCUCCUAAGUGUACUCACUCUUAACAUAAACACUCACACUGAAAACACCCCCAAAUAUCUUUUCCCAUGGUGAAGAGACAAACCCCAAAUGAUAAUAUGUAAAUAAUUACAAACACAAAGAAACUAUCACAACCCCUGCCUGAAAAUAAUGUAAAAAACUUUAUUUAUGUUUCAGUACAGAGCAAAACAACAAAUACAAGCAGAACUAUGUAAACAAGAGUGGUUGCAACACCUCCUUUCAAUAAAUUAAAUGCUUUUUAAAAGUUGC